UAUGACACUCCAUCAUAUUCCAUAAUUCUAAAUAACCUUUUUAUUUAUUUUCUGGUCGGUUGUGUUUUCUUUAAUUAGAUUGUGUCCCGUUUCGUCCGACGCAAAGCUGUCGAAAUAUUAAUUAAUUGGUAUAGGUAAUUAAUAAGUAUGAAGCCACCUGUUGCACCAGCAAAGGAGGAUUGCUGCAACAGUGGCUGCAAUCCUUGUAUUUUGGAUGUAUAUGAGAACCAGUUAAAAUUAUACGAAAAGAGUCAAAAACAAGGUGAUAAUUCAUUCAGCGUUACGGAUUAUGGUAUCUCGCAACUUGAAUAUAAGAAAUUUUAUCUCUGUAAUAUCAUACAAGUUAGCAACACACAAAAAAUUCUUUUUUUUCAAAAGUCAAAACAUGAUCAAUGUCAGCAAGUCUGGUGGAAACCUGGUGAUCACUUUCUCCUUAAAUACACUUCCGUUAAUAAUGAAUCUUGUACAAGGGCAUAUACCCCCAUUAAAUUAAAAUUGCAUGGUAAAGAACAAAGUUAUGAUUUCCUUAUAUUAUUAAGAAAAUACAGCAAGGGAUUAGUUUCUAAUUAUUUGUUUAACUUGACCAUUGGAGAAGAAACUUUAUGGAGAGGGCCAUAUGGUUCUUACAAGAUACAAGCAAACAAAUAUGUUAGAAUAAUAAUGAUUGCACAAGGGACAGGCAUAGCACCUUUUAUAUCUAUUAUUCAGAAUAUAUUAGACAAUGAAGAAGAUAUGACUAGAAUAGUUUUAUUUUAUUGCUGUAAGGAUACUGUUGAAAUUUUUCUCAGAGAUGAACUGUAUGAAUUUAAUUCUUUCUGGAACUUUUCAUAUAAAAUUUUUUUGAGCAACAAACUCAUUGAGAGCUCUGAUGAGAAUGCAAUGAAUAGAAAAUAUAACGAACCAAUUGUAAAUAACAAAUUUAGUAUUACAGAAUUGGACAAUUUGAUACCACAUCUUAAUGAUCAGUAUCUUCUUUGUGGUACAGUACAAUUUAUGAAAGAAUAUGAAGCUGUUCUAAAAAAUGGAAAUUAUUCUGAUAAUAUUUUCCUGUUUUGAAUAAAGAACAAUAUAUACAUUCCAAAUGGAUUGUUUUAUCAGCUCAACAUUUUUGUUCUAAAAGGACUGUUAAGUUGAGUCACUACAUCUACAAUAGUAGCAGCUUGUCAAAUACAUGUAUUUAGUGCAUUUUAUAACUACAUUUUAACAACACUUGGAAAAAGAAAGGAAAAUAAUAUUGAAAUUGAAUUGACAAAUAAUAAGAAUGAGAAAAAACUUAUUUUACUA